CGCAUGUUCAAAGAUUGCUCUUGCGUCCUCAGGGUUGCGGAUUUUGGAAUCCUCUACUGGCGGGAAAUUCCUUCUUUGGGGCUUUCCUGUUUAGGCCCUGCGGCGAAGACCGUGCGAAUGAAAGGCAAGGUUGUUUUUCCUUAGCAGAAGAGCCGGUGUUUUUCAAAGCGAGAUCUGGGUAUCACCACCAUCAAAAUCACCGGAUCCAAGGAGAAAGAAUAUAAAGAAAAUCAAAACAUCACUUAUGUAUCUCUGAGUCCAGUACAGACUACGCUUUUAAGAAAAACAGCUAAGGUUUAUCUUGCCCCCCUUUCACUCAGUAAUCUAGACCAAUUUAAGUACUCCAAAUUCAUAUUAGAAAAGAAUUCUGAUAAUGAAGUGGCCUGUGAAGAGUAUAAAACUAAAAUAAAGACAACUUGUGAAAGGAUUUUAACUCCAAAGAUGAAAGCCACAUCUUCCAAGGCAGAGUCCACUCUUCAAAAAUCAUCCUUAGAUGUUUGUACUGAAAGUAACAAGCUACAAGACAAGAGCUCUUCAGAUGCUGUGAUUCUCAGUGUUGAUAUGGAAAGCAGUCAGGAUGGAGACAGUGAUGAAGAUACUCCACCAGGCCUGGAUGACGUUUCAGGAUUGUCACCGUAUGAAAGGAAGAGACUGAAGAACAUUUCAGAAAAUGCAAAGUUUUUUGCUUCUCUACAGCUAUCUGAGUCAGCUGCAAGGCUUCGUGAAAUGAUAAAGAAAAGACAGCCUCCUGAAUCUAAGAGAAAGAAGCCUAAGAAGAGGAGAGAAGAGAUUGGAUGUAGAAGGUCGAUGCGAUUAUUAAAAGUUGAUCCUUCAGGAGUUUCAUUACCUGUAACUCCAGCACAGCCAACGUUAGUAGCAGAUGAAACUCAGCCUUUGUUACCUCCUGGGCCUCUAGAAAUGGCUCCUGAAAAUCAAAAUGAUAACAAGGAACUAUUUAAAGGAUUUCUGCAGACAUGGACAACAAUGAGCAAGACAUGUAAUAAGAACACUGAGAAGGGAUUAUCUAGCCUUAAAAGCUAUAAAGCUAAUUUAAAUGGCAUGGUCAUUAGUGAAGAUACUGUUUACAAAGUUACCAGAGGCCAGAUAUACUCCAUUGCUUUCCACCCAUCAGAAACUAGAACUUUGGUAGCAGCUGGGGCCAAAUAUGGGCAAGUUGGACUUUGGGAUUUGACCCAGCAACCUAAAGAAGAUGCAGUUUAUGUUUUUCAACCCCAUAGUCGGCCAGUGAGCAGUCUAUAUUUCUCACCUGCCAAUCCAGCCCACAUAUUGUCUCUGAGCUAUGAUGGCACAUUACGCUGUGGGGAUUUUUCCAGGGGCAUUUUUGAAGAGGUGUAUAGAAAUGAAAGAAGUACCUUUUCCUCCUUUGACUUCUUGGCGGAAGAUGCCUCUACUUUAAUAGUAGCACACUGGGAUGGAAAUAUGUCACUGGUGGAUAGACGGACACCUGGAACUUCUUAUGAGAAACUUAUCAAUUCUUCUUUGACAAAAAUAAGAACUGUUCAUGUACACCCAGUGCAUAGACAGUUCUUCAUUACUGCAGGAUUGAGGGAUGUUCAUAUUUAUGAUGCAAGGCGCUUGAAUUCCAGGGGAAGCCAGCCUUUGAGUUUUUUGACUGAACAUACAAAGAGCAUUGCUUCAGCCUAUUUUUCACCUCAUACUGGUAACAGAAUCUUGACCACAUGUGCUGAUUGUAAGCUGAGAGUCUUUGACAGCAGCUGUAUAUCCUCUCAGAUUCCGCUCCUCACCACCAUCAGGCACAACACUAUCACUGGGCGAUGGCUGACCAGGUUCCAAGCUGUGUGGGACCCUAAACAAGAAGAUUGUUUCAUAAUUGCCAGCAUGGCCUGUCCACGGCGGGUAGAAAUUUUCCACGAGACAGGAAAGGGGGUACAUUCUUUUCUUGGUGGGGAGUGCCUUGUCUCCGUGUGUUCCAUCAAUGCUAUGCACCCGACUCGGUAUAUAAUGGCUGGAGGUAAUUCCAAUGGGAAGAUACAUGUUUUUAUGAGUGACAAAAGCUGCUGAGUUUUUGGUUUGUUCAAAUUGAUCACUAAGGGACCUUGUAAUUCAUGUGGCUUAGUGAGUUUACUAGUAUUAUGUCAUAUUUAGCAAAUAUAAAAUUGCUUCAUUAAUAAGAACCAUGAACAGAACUUCCUUUUAGUACAGAAGUCUUGGGGCAUGUUUCUAGAGAAUGGGGAGGGUAUUUGAGGGGAGGCUGAGGUGCCUUCAGCACUUUUAAUCAGACAGUAUGUUCAGAAGUUCUAACAUUAUAAAUUACAAAGCUUUGAAUGAUCAGUAUUAAAAGUUUCUGUGGUCUAAUAUGGUUUUGAUUCUAUAGUAAUAUGUUGAUUUUUGGUUUAUUCUGUAGUUUGGAACAAAUAUUUAUUUCCAGACUUACACACUGGAAAGGGAUCCUUGAAAGGUCAUCUAACUCAGUGAUUUUCAAACCUGUUAAUUUUUUUUAACCUUUUUGCUUCCUGUCUCUAAGAUAAAUCUUACAUGAAAUCCCAGAUAAUUGCUGAGGAACUUUGGUUUAUUUGGGGCAGGGCCUGGCUCUGAGUGUGCUGAGCCUUUCUUUUCUCCCUCUUCUACAUGGCUCCUGACACAUACUCAGGAAUCCCAGGGCUCCUAGGCAUAGGGUCUGGCUCUGUCCUGAUCCUAUAUAGGGAUACUCCAGUGUAAGGUUGGUCUCAGUCCAGUGUUUUCAAGACUAUGAGUUAUAGCUCUUCACAUGAAAUCAGUUUAAUGACUACUGUUUAAAACAAUGAAAAGAAUUAGUAAAGAACAGAAAACCCAUUGUUUUGUAAAACGUAGUACAUAUGCACAGAUACUUGUAGUUAGAUGUGUUUAUGUAUACUCUGAUGUAAAAUGUAUUUCUUCAUUAUUGUCGUACUGUGUGCCAUGGCUAAAGAAUGUCCCAGACACCCAUAUCUUUGAAUUCUCCAGAGGAGAUUGAAUACCUUCAUUCCAACUCAUAUUUUAGGGAAAUGUUGUGAAAUAACCACCCUUGGUAUUUCUGUAUAAAAUAUGUUUUCUUUUCAGAAGUUAUGGGAAUUUCAUUGUGUCUGUUGUUGGGAAAGGGCGCUGCUAAAUUGGUGACUGAUAGUACUGUGUGACAUCUGUCCAACCUUCGCAUUGUUCUUCAUUGCCUAACUACUCCUGAAAGACUUGUAAAGAGUUUUGGCAAGAUGUUUGAAUUCUAAGUGGAAAUAUUAUCUUCUCAUAAAGCGAUGUAUAAUUUCCUUGAAGAAAUUUUUUUCUAAUUAAUUUCCUUUAUAAUUAAAAUCUAAGUGUUUUGAGGUUUAGUCUGUUAAGUUUGAGAGUGUAAGGAAUAGGAGUUCUCUAUUUUCUAGAUAUUAUGAGUAAUUGAUAAGUGAGAUGGAAACAUUAAAGACAAAGUAAAGCUAAGUGAGAAUGAGUUAUAUUUAACUAUUUAGGAAACACUGUAAAGGACUGCCUUAGGCUCCCUCUCCCUUUUUUAUACCAAUUAGUUUCAUAGGUUCUUUAGUGUUUUGUUCUAUUGGAAUUGUUCUUUCUAAGAUGCUGAAACCUACCCUUCAUCAAAUUAGUACCACCAUUUAAGCUUUGAAUACUUGGCAGUA